AUGGAGCUGUCACUGAAGUACGGUUUUGUGACUCCUCUCACAUCUAUGGUGGUCACAAAGCCUCCAGGAGAGAACACAGAUGUGCUUCAUAAACCAAAGGAAGGCGAAACAUCACAGAGAAGUGAUGUGAUGUUAGAAUACCUUACUCCUGAUACUGGUCAGCUGAGUUUUGCGCUUUCUGCUGCUGAUUUCGAUCCUAAGAUUAGGUCCCAUCGUUACAUCAUGUCCUAUUACUAUGCAGCUCCUCUUCUCCACAAGUUUUUGCUCAACUCAACUGGGAAUCAGACUGUUCCACUCUGCUUUGACAUCAGUGGAGCUAUAAUCCUUAAACUAUUUCACCACCCCAGCAGAGACCUGUCUGUUAAUGGUGAGCUAGAUUCAAUUGCAAACGGAGGUUUCAGCAAAAUUUUUAUUCACAUCAAAACUCACCAGCAUGUUGAGGUUGACGCUGAAUCACAGAGGGUCACUGUACGAGAUGGACAGGCAGUGACAUAUCAAGCUGCUGGACAGGAUCCCUCGACAGUUGGCAGUGUUACAGUGACUGUGUACAACACUGAAAUUCACAUUGCACCUGAAGACAUUCUCCUGGUGAUCUCACAACAUGAGAAAAAUGGCCAAAGACUCCUUUGGCCAGUUUUAAGACAGCAACCCUCAACCAACAACACCGAAGGACUUUUAGCUGUAAAGCCAGCAGUGUAUGAGGUGGUGCAGCAAGUUCCUGUCACAAAACUAAAGAUUAAAAACCAAGAGACAGAUGUUACAAGGUACAUUUUUGUAAUGUUUUCAGUUUCUUCAUUCAAAACAUAAAACUGUUUAAGAUUCCACCA